CUGUGGUUUUUUCCUUCGUUCGCUUUCGGGGUCGGUCGAUUUGGUGUGGUGUGGUUAGGUUAUUACAUAAUUGUCUCGACUGCCGAUAUUUUUUCUCCCAAGUGCUCCAAUUAAUCGAAAAUGUUUGGGGCUGUAAGUAAAGUCGGCAGCGGCUUCUUGGCUGCCAAGUCCGUUGCGGAAAAAGCCCUUACAGAAUGUGGAAAAGUCGUCGCAGUCACGGCCGGUAACAAGAGGGAUUAUGCAGCGAAGGCAGCAGCGGGCAAAGCACACGGUAAGGUUGUGGCUGUCAUCGGUGCCGUCGUAGACGUGCAAUUCGAGGACAAUCUUCCGCCCAUCCUAAAUGCCUUGGAGGUGCAGAACCGCCAGCCCCGCCUGGUGCUUGAGGUAGCCCAGCACUUGGGAGAGAACACCGUCCGCACCAUCGCUAUGGACGGUACUGAAGGUUUGGUGCGCGGCCAGCCCGUGCAAGACUGCGGCUCGCCCAUCCGUAUCCCCGUGGGCGCGGAGACCCUUGGCCGCAUCAUCAACGUCAUCGGUGAGCCCAUUGACGAGCGUGGCCCCAUCCCCACCGACAAGACCGCCGCCAUCCACGCCGAGGCGCCCGAGUUCGUCGAGAUGAGCGUACAACAGGAAAUCCUGGUGACUGGUAUCAAGGUCGUAGACCUUCUCGCCCCCUAUGCUAAGGGAGGUAAGAUUGGCCUGUUCGGUGGUGCUGGUGUCGGCAAGACCGUACUCAUUAUGGAACUGAUUAACAACGUAGCCAAGGCCCAUGGUGGUUACUCAGUAUUUGCUGGAGUCGGUGAGCGUACACGUGAAGGUAAUGACUUGUACCAUGAGAUGAUUGAGUCUGGUGUCAUCUCCCUGAAGGACAAGACCUCCAAGGUAGCACUUGUGUAUGGUCAGAUGAACGAGCCCCCCGGCGCGCGUGCCCGUGUCGCUCUGACUGGUCUGACUGUCGCUGAGUACUUCCGUGAUCAAGAAGGACAAGACGUGCUGCUCUUCAUUGACAACAUUUUCCGUUUCACCCAGGCUGGUUCUGAGGUGUCUGCUUUGCUGGGUCGUAUCCCCUCAGCUGUAGGUUACCAACCUACUCUGGCCACUGACAUGGGUACCAUGCAGGAACGUAUUACCACCACCAAGAAGGGGUCCAUCACCUCUGUACAGGCUAUUUACGUGCCUGCUGACGACUUGACUGAUCCUGCCCCUGCCACUACUUUCGCUCACUUGGACGCCACCACUGUACUGUCCCGUGCUAUUGCAGAGCUGGGCAUCUACCCGGCUGUGGAUCCUCUUGACUCCACCUCCCGUAUCAUGGACCCCAACAUCAUUGGUGCUGAGCACUACAACGUAGCUCGUGGCGUACAGAAGAUCUUGCAGGACUACAAGUCUCUUCAGGACAUCAUUGCUAUCCUGGGUAUGGAUGAGUUGUCUGAGGAGGACAAGCUGACCGUAGCGCGCGCGCGCAAGAUCCAACGUUUCCUGUCGCAGCCCUUCCAGGUGGCCGAGGUGUUCACCGGCCACGCGGGCAAGCUGGUGCCUCUUGAGGAGACCAUUAAGGGCUUCACUCAGAUCCUCGGCGGCGAAUACGACCACCUCCCCGAGGUGGCCUUCUACAUGGUUGGCCCCAUUGAAGAGGUUGUCGCCAAGGCCGAAACUUUGGCCAAGAGCACAUCAUAAAUAAGUUGUAUGGUCAUCAAUGUGAAAGAAUGAGAAUGUAAAUUGUAUUUCGUAAUAAAUUAGUGAUACCACCAUUA